AUGAUCAAAAAUAUUGAACCCUCGCGCGCAGCAGGCGUGCCGAUCAUCCAGAUCAACGCGUCUCGGCGACUAGUACAAAAGCCUCGCGACGACAAACGGUUUUUGAGUGUCACAUUCAGACUCUACCUCCUUCUCCUCCUCCACCACCACCACCAAACAUGGGCAAGCUAUGGGGAAACUAUUACAGGUAGCGUACCCAUCCGAACCUUUUCAUCGAACAAACUUUUGCAGAAUGAUAGUAGUGAUCGUCGGGUUUUUGUGCCUGACGUCCAUCUGUUCCAACUACAUCAUCAUCAACUUCACCUUCAUUUGCAUGAAAAACGACAUGACAGACGCGGUGCCGGACAGCAAUGGAGUGGGAUUUGCGACAUGGGGACUGUCUAGUUAACAUUGGAAUCGUUUCAGACUCUUCGCAGCAUCUAUGACUACAACGCCAGUGAGAAAAAGUGGAUCCUGUGGGCGGUGGCGCUGGGGACCAUGAUCGGAACGAUUCCGAUCAACGUGUUCUACGUCAAAUUCGGCGCCCGAUUCCCGUUCCUGCUCGCCGGCCUCACCUCCAUCGUCUCGACCGCACUGAUCCCUUGGGCCGCCAAGGCCAACUACUGGCUUCUGAUUCUGCUCCGAUUCACGCAGGGCCUCGCCUACUCGGCCGACUUCGCCGCCAUCGGACUCAUCACCGUCCGCUGGGCGCCGCUCACCGAGACCGCCACGUUCAUCGCCGUGCUCACCUCGUUCACCGGCAUCUCCUCGACCGCGACCAACUCUGUGACGGGGCUCAUUUGCGAGAGUUCGUUUGGAUGGAAGUGGUCGUAUUACCUGCACGCGGCCGUCGGACUCGCCCUCUUCGCCCUCUGGUACAUCAUCUACAUCGACCAUCCACAGGACACCCGCAGAGUCUCUGCCAAGGAACUUACCAAGAUCGAAAAGUCCAAGUCUGCGGCUCAUCUUGACAAGAGCACUGAUGUUCCGUACAGAGUAUGUCCCCCCACUUUCCCUCUAUUCACCUAUUUGCUUUGUUUUCCAGAAACUCCUAACAAGUCCAGUGAUCUGGUGUGUCUGGCUCAACGCCUUCUUCGAGAUGUCCGCCGUCAUCGUGUGCUCCACCUACAUGCCCAUCUAUUUCCACGAAGUUCUCAAAAUGGGAGUGACGGAGACCGGUUUCUGGGUCGCCUUCGUGCUCUUCGUGUGGCUUCCGGUGCGCUGGGUGGCUGCUCUCAUGAGCGACAAGAUCAAGUGCAUCGGCGAGAAGGCCAAGAUUAUGGUGUUCAACACGGUGGCCGUCGGAGGCACCGGCACCUUCUUCUCCAUCAUCGGCUUCAUUCCCGCCGAGCAAAAGUACCUCUCGGUGGCCAUGUUCACGAUCACAAUGUGCUGCGUGGGCGUCAACUCGGGCGGCUUCUACAAGUGCGGCGUCCUCCACGCUCGCCAGUACUCGCACGUCGUCAUUGCCGCCAUCCAAUGGACCAAGUGCUUGGCUCUGUUCUCCGCGCCCGCCAUGGUCGCCAUCUUCGUUACGACGGAAUCCGAACGAACGCAAUGGAUCGGAGUGUAUCUCGUGUUCGGAGGACUCAUGAUUAUCGUCAACAUGAUCUCAUACUUCAUCUUCACCGAUCAGCCAGCCGAGUGGACGAACAGCGAGGAGAAGCCGGCGUGCAAGGCGUGAGACCCAUCCGAAUUUGAAUAGCGACUAGAACUAUGUAAAUACUCUAACCUUCUCAUUGUAGCUUUGCAUACAUUUGCUGCCCCCACGUGUCCGUUUCGCCCCGCUAAAACAACUGUAUAAAAAUAAAACGGUUUUGACUUUUGUUCUCACUUUGUAAAUCAACAUUUGACGACAUCGUCUCUCCUCGUCCGUUCUCCGUGCGAUCACAUGGCUUCCGCGCGAGAAGGGAUCACUUCGUUCAUUCUCUUAUCAACCUCUCUCUCUCUCUCUCUCUCUCUCUCUCUCUCUCUCUCUCAUCUGUCAAAAACGUCUUCUUCUCCUUCUUCUUCUUUUUGUUUUCAUGAAAUGGCCGUCGUGAUCGGUUUUUGCUUUCAGACCGCAAAAAACCGGCGGAAAGGGGGAUGUCUCUAUGGGGGAAUUACUACAGGUUUGUGUCUGUGUCUCAACAGUUGGUCGAGCCUAGAAAACUCCUCGGCCACGGUAGUUUUCCGGUCUUUUUUCAAGUUUGACAUCACACAUGAAGCAUUGAAAGUGCGAGAUUGGCAACUGACAAACCGCAGAACAACAACGGACACACGUUUGACGCAAAGUUUUCCAGAAUUCUAGUGCUAGCGAUCGGAUUCGUGUGCUUGGCGUCGGUCUGUUCCAACUACACAGUCAUCAAUUUCACGUUCAUCUGCAUGAAAAAUGAUCUGUCAGAGACUUAUGUGAACAGUAAUGGGGUACGAGAAAAGACGCCUGUGAAGUGCAUCGCCAAAAACCGUUUCAGUCACUUCAAAGCAUUUAUGACUAUUCUAGCAGUGAGAAGAAAUGGAUAAUGUGGGCGGUGGCGGCCGGCACCAUCCUCGGAACCAUUCCCAUUAAUCUUUUGUACGUCAAGUAUGGAGCGAGGUGAAGUUCAGUCCAUAAACUUGCCCAAACUCACUCCAUUCCUUUAGAUAUCCGUUUCUCGUGGCCGGCCUUGUUUCCUGCAUUUCCACAGCGUUUGUGCCGUUUGCGGCUAGAAUCAGCUUUUUCUUCCUGAUAGUUUUACGCUUUUUACAAGUAGGUCCUCUUCAACUGAGCCUACGGACCACGCAGAGUUCAGGGCCUCGCCUACUCGGCCGACUUUGCUGCCAUCGGCCUGAUGACAGUCCGAUGGGCUCCGCUCUCCGAGACUGCCACAUUCGUCGCCGUGCUCACCGCGUUCACGGGCAUUUCUUCGACGGUGACCAACUCGGCGACGGGCGUCAUUUGCGAAAGUUCGCUCGGAUGGAAAUGGGCGUUUUACCUUCACUCGCUCGUCGGUUUCGUUUUGUUCGUUCUCUGGACCGUCAUUUAUGUGGAUGACCCGCAGGAUACCUCGAGAGUGUCUUCUCGAGAACUCGGAAAGAUCCAGAGGAACAAAUCGGAGGCGCAUUUGGACAAGAACACCCCGGUCCCGUAUCGGAAACUGCUCACAAGUCCCGUAAUACUAUGUGUUUGGCUGAAUGCGUUCUUCGAAAUGUCCGCAGUCAUCAUCUUCUCCACCUACAUGCCCAUCUAUUUCCACGAAGUUCUCAAGUUCGGAAUCACCGAGACCGGCUUCUACGUGGCGCUCGUGCUCUUCAUUUACAUUCCAAUCAGAUUUGUGGCCGCUGUGUUCAGCGAUAAGUUCAAGUGAAUCCAAAUGAACGGAAGAUCCGACCCUAGUCAAAGACAAACAAGUUUUCAGAAUGAUAAGUGAGAAGGUGAAAAUCAUGAUAUUCAAUGCGAUCGCUGUCGGCGGCUCCGGCUUCUUCUUCGCGUGCAUCGGGUUCAUUCCAGCGGAGCACAAAUUGAUCUCGCUCUCGUUUUUCAUCAUGACAAUGCUCUGCAUCGGCGUCAACUCGGGCGGCUUCUACAAGUGCGGAGUACUUCAUGCCAGGUACCGAUCAUUGUAUCCCAGCCAAACAUUAUCAAAAUUUCUACAGACAAUUCGCGCACGUCGUCAUCGCCGCCAUCCAAUGGAUGAAGUGUCUGGCACUCUUCUCAGCUCCAGCCUUAGUCGCAAUUUUUGUGUCCGACGAGUCGAAUCGCCACCAAUGGCUGUGGGUUUAUUUGAUUCUAGGCGGCCUUAUGAUCAUUGUAAGUCGCGGGCACUCUCUCGAGAAGUCGACAAUAUCUGUUCAGACGAGUUUCGUCUCCUUCUUCAUUUUCACCGAUGAGCCGGCCGAAUGGACCGAGACUGACAAUGAAAAGUGUUGA